AUUAUUAUAUAGUAUAAAUAAUGGCUUCAUUAUUGUGGACACCUACUUCUCCAUUUUCUGUUUGCAAUCCUAGUUCCUUAACUAUUAGUAAAAGAAAUAAUAAUAUUGUCGCCAGUAGCAGUAACAAGCACCGAUUAAUGUAUUCACCAAGAUGCAGCAAGCAGCUUCCGAAUGUCAUUAGCCCCAUGGAGACCACAGACGUCAUUGUCAGAAGAUCGGCAAAUUAUCAACCUUCAUUAUGGUCCUAUGAUUUUGUUCAAUCGCUUUCUAGCAAAUACAAAGAAGAGAAGUAUAUGAUGAGGUCCCAAACUCUGAAAGAAGUGGUGAGGACCAUGAUUUGCAAAGAGAUUGGAAUGGUGGAAAAUCCAUUGAGCAUACUCAAUCUGGUUGACGAUUUGCAGAGACUCGGCAUAUCUUAUCAUUUUGUUGAUGAAAUAGACCGUCUCCUGGAGAACAUACACUGCAAUUACUACAAAAAUCAAGAAAAGUGGACUAAUAUGGAUUUUAAUCUUAAAUGCCUUGGUUUUAGACUCUUGAGGCAACAUGGGUAUCAUAUCCCUCAAGAUAUAUUUAGCGACUGCCUAGACGCAGAUGGAAAUUUUAAGGGACACUUGUCAGAAGAUAUCACAGGUAUGCUAAACUUGUAUGAGGCUUCCUAUCUUUCCGUGGAGGAUGAAACUAUACUGGAUGAUGCUAGAGAAUUCACAAUAAAAUAUCUGGAAAAAAGUUUAGAGAACAGGCUUGGAGAUCAACACAUGUUGUCGUUAAUAAGCCACGCAUUGGAAUUUCCCCUUCAUUGGAGGGUUCCACGGGUGGAGGCAAAAUGGUACAUUGAUUCAUAUGAAGCAAGAAGAAGUGGCAUGAAUCCCACCGUGCUAGAGCUUGCCAAACUAGACUUCAACAUGGUACAAGCCGUUCACCAAGAGGAUUUGAAAUACUCAUCAAAUUGGUGGAAAGAAACAUGCUGGGAAAACUUUGGAUUUGGUCGUGAUCGUUUGGUUGAGAACUUUAUGUGGAGUGUUGCUGAAAACUACUUGCCUCACUUUCAAGGAAGGAGAGCUCUCGCAGCUGUUAAUGCCUUGAUAACUACAAUUGAUGAUGUCUAUGAUGUUUAUGGUACAUUGGAUGAACUCGAACAAUUCACCAACGUUGUGAACAGUUGGGAUGUCAACCAAAUUGAAGAUUUCCCGGAGUACCUGAAGAUAUGCUUCCUUGCACUCUACAACACGAUCAAUGAGAUAUCAUAUAACAUAUUAACAAACAAAGGAGUUCACAUCCUUCCGUACCUUAAAAAGGCGUGGCAAGAUUUAUGCAACGCUUACAUAAUAGAAGCAAGAUGGUACAAUGAUGGACAUACACCCACUUUCACCGAGUUCAUCAACAACGCAUACAUGUCAAUAGGCAUUGUCACCAUCAUCAGGCAUGCCUAUUGGUUAACUUUAACCAGUGUGCCCGAAGACGCACUUCAACGUAUCGAAAGAGCUGAAAAUAUGAUAAACAGUGCUUCCCUAAUCGUGCGACUCACUAAUGAUAUUGGCACAUCAUCCGAUGAACUGGCAAGAGGUGAUGUUCCAAAAUCAAUCCAAUGCUAUAUGAAAGAGACCGGUGCAACUGAAGUGGAGGCAAGAGCGUAUAUAAGGCGGUUGAUCCUGGAAACAUGGAAAAAGCUGAAUAAAGAAUGCCUUGAAAUCGGUUCUGAAUACCCACAAGAGUUCGUGGAAAGCGUAGUGAACCUUGCCAGGAUGGGCCAUUUCAUGUACACAGAUCGAGAUAUGCAUGGUAAUGCCGAAAUGUUCAAGCCCUAUGCGUUAUCAAUGUUUGUUAAUCCAAUCUUCUAAUCAAGGGAUCGAUAUGCUAGAAGUUAAGCAUAUUUGGCCGGUUUGAGUUCUAACGUGACAAUAAUUUGGAUUGAGUGGGUGCACAAAAGCCCGUUUGUGGGUCGUUGUUGCUCUAUAUACAGAUAUAUAUACUGUUUGCUAAUAACGACAU